AUGGAGUUUGGUCCAAGGAAGAUUGAAAAGCGGAACCGGGCCCCUGUGUCUUGCGAACCAUGUCGAGCUCGAAAGCAAAUGUGCAACCGCGGUCAGCCGUGCGAAGGCUGUACCAGGCGGAAUCAAGCGUCACUGUGUCGAUAUGCUCCCAAUGCCAUCAGGAACAAGGCUCGCCCUCCCAAGGUUGGCAACAUCCAGGAGCGGCUGGAUAACCUAGAGGUUAUGCUGGCUUCGAUUGCCGCGAAUCCGGCCGCCGCUGGGAUUGGCAUAGGUGCGGCUCCCGACAAUCACGCCUUACCGCCUGAGCUGCCUCAUCGCCACGAGUCUGGAGAUGGCCAAGUCAGCUACAUCGACCCCAGCCAUUGGAGGGCCAUCUUGGAUGAAAUCAAAGAGGUCAGAGAGCAUCUGUCGGCCUUUGACCGCCCUCUGGCGCAGGAGGAGCCGGAGCGCAAGAGCGUUGCCUCGGAAGACGGUGCCGGAUUUAUGUUUGGCAAAUUUCCGGUGGUCGAUCUCGAAGAUAUCAUCAGCACCCUGCCGCCGAGAUCGGCAUGCGAUGCCCUUGUUGCCCAGUAUUUCAACGCCAGAUUCAUGGUCCUGGGCAUCCUGCACCCGGUCAAGUUCCAAAGGGAGUAUGAAAAGUUCUGGGACGCUCCCCUCAAAGCACCUCCUCUCUGGAUUGCUCUGCUCUUUUCCGUUCUCAGCCUCACAACCACUCUUCGCAAUGUCGCCGGUGGUUCGACCGGGCCCAAAUCUGCAAGGCCUACAGCCAAAACGCUGCAGCAAAGAACGGUUGAAUGCCUGAUCUUGGGACGUUUCCCUAAUGCAAACGCGUAUGCUCUAGAGGCCAUGAUACUGCAUCUCCAGAGCUGCUACCUCACUCUCAAUAGGCUCGGCUCCGAUCACUGGUUUGAGAUGGGCACUUUGAUUCGCCUUGCCUUUAGAAUGGGCUAUCAUCACGACCCGGACGGCUUACCAGGCAUCUCAGUCUUUGAUGGAGAGAUGCGGCGGCGCGUUUGGCAUAACAUAUUCCAAGUGGACGCGCUCAUGUAUCCAAUCGCCAAGUCUGGUGUCAUGGCCGUAUUCAAAAGGAUUGUUGCGCAUUCACAGUCUUUGUCUCUCCCAACCUACGACAACACGAUUAUGUUAGAUAACGAAAUGAGGGAGGCGUACAACAACUUACCCGAAAUCCUGAGAGGAAGAGACGUUGGUCGUUCUUUCAUGGACCCAUCGAACAUCAUCUUCGAGAGAUGCACCAUUGAAAUGCUCUACUUGAAAGGUCUCAUUGUUCUGCAUCGGCGAUACAUCAGCUACGAGGUUGACGGCCGUCGAUUUGAGCACUCUAGACGCACCUGUGCCGAAGCAGCUCUUGACAUCCUGGCUCGCCAGGCAGAUCUGCAUCAAGCAUGUCAACCCGGAGGGCGCUUGUAUGAUGACCGAUGGAUGGUCUCUUCACUGACCAUGCACGACUUUCUUUUGGCUGCCAUGGUCAUCUGUCUGGAUCUUUCUGUUCGUCUCCGGCGUCCUUCAAGCGUGUUAGUGCCUGGAAAAGAUGACGACGCUCUUACUGGGCGAGAAUACCAUGCACUGCAGAGAUCGCAGACGAUAUGGGCAUCUAGUAGCCAGAUGUCUCCAGAAGCACGUCUUGCAUCUUUGGCGCUCGGCCUGAUGGUGCAAAAAGUGGCUGACAAGGACGCCCGCCAUAUCCAUCUGUCCAAGGCUCCAGAAGAAGAUCUGGCUGCUGCUGCUUCUACCCAAGAGCUUCCGUAUGCAGGGCCCAUGUCUCAGAUGAUUGAUGGCACUGAAGGAUUGGACUGGGGCUUGCUGGACCAGUACUUUCAGAAUCAGCCAACGGAUGCGUCACAAUUGGAUCCAUUCAGCAUUGAUCCCGGUUGGUUUGACUUGCCGCUGUAG